UGAGCCGGCGUGCAGGGUGUGGUGUUGUCCUCUGUGUGCAGUCCACCGCCAAAUUCAAACCGAAAGGAAAGCAAUAGAAGGAGGCUGCGGUUUCGUCAGGAUUUGAUUUAAGAAGGCUUCCUCAGGGAUGGAUGGUGUGGGCAAAGCAAUGGUGGGUGUUUGGCGUGCACACACAGCCUUGGAUGAAUCUGACGCAGAGAGCUCCCCUGAAGCUCCAGACCGUUUCAAGAAGCAGCGCUCCUCUUCUUCCCUCAACAGUCUGAGGAUGUCUCUGAGAAAGCGUCUCCCACUGCGCACUGUUCAGGCCAACUCUCUUCCUGAGAAUCCCACCUGGGAAAACUUCCAACAGGAACCAAAACCUAGCAAGGUCCAAAGGUUCACCAGAAGUGCACGGAACUCCAUCACAGAAGUCUAUCAGAAAUUCCAGAGAACAAGGGAGUUUUCUCGUGAGGACUGUUUAGUUGCAACUCCAGGACGCAUUUGUGAAGACGAUGAACGAAGCAAUUCAAUCUCUCGCACCCCAAAACAUACCCCACGCAGAGCCACAACCCCCAGGCGUACACCGAGAGCCACUACACCUGGACGCACUCCUGGAUCCAGAGCACGAAAGACCCCAGAAGCGAGUGUUCGUGGUGUGAAGACUGGAAGAGGCCGAAGGCAGCUGGUCCGCAUGGCUGCCCUGCGAAGCCCAUUUGCAUCUCCCAACACACAGAACCAGAGGAUUAUGUUUGACAAAGAUCUUGAGUCAGUCUCUAGUGGACUAAGGAGACUUAAACAUCUGUCCAGGGCUUUUGAUGAGCUUAUCGGCAGAGAUGACAAAACUCUUUCAAGGGAGCAUUGUGGAGGAGCUAUGAUGAGAAAGUUGGACCCUAGUGGUAAACUUUGUCGUUCAAACCUCACACGUCGAGCCGCUAACGUCUCAAACACUUUGGGAGACUGGGCACAGACCGCUGUGAACACUAUAUGUAAACCUAAUUAACAAACACUCAUGUGUGUUUCAAAUGGGACCUUUGUAUCUGUUUCUAUGGAGUUUAUGUUAGUACUUAGAAGGUGGAGACUGUAAUAGGGCAUUUUAUUUGUUUUGCCUUAGCUUUAUUCAGCCAGUAUAGUCCAUAUAUUUUGUGUUUACAUAUCUCGGGAUAGUUAAAAACUGUAAAAAUUGGCUACCAAAUAGAUAUUUUUGUGUUGUCUAAAGCUGUAGCUGCUACAAUCACAUGUCUGUGUUACAUUUAAAAAUACUAAUACUUUUUUAUUUAGUCUUUCACUAUACUGCAUAACCCUGCACAAGACCAAAAUAUACACAUACACUACUAAUACUUCAUCCACAUUAUAUGCAAUAAUAUGACUAAUUUUGAUCAUAUCUCCUCAAAUAUAGUUGGAUAUGCCAAAAUAUUUUCUGUUUUUUGUGAAAGAGGAUUUUUAUGCAACUGUUAUAUUUGUUUUUAUACUUCAUUACUUUAUUACUUUAUUUUGCAUUAAAAUAUAUGUAAUGAUAUACACAAAUUGUCAAAAGACUGCAUUGAGAGCAACAUUUGGCUGAUUUAUGCUACAAAGACUUUAUUUUUUUUAUAUUGGUACCAGACCUUUGCAUUACAAUAUUUUGGUUAUGACUAAAUAAUGUGAAAAAAUGUGUUUUGUUAAAAAAAAAAUAUAUAUAUAUAUAUUUUUUUUAAACA